ACUCUAAUUAAAUGACGAAAACAACGCGAAACCUUGCGGAGGACGGUGCGAGUCAUGCCACAUAUGUAAGCAAUGGCCGAUAAGGAGGACCAGGAGGAUGAGCUAACUGCCCUGGCCAGUAUCUAUGACGACAGCAUCCUGACCCUCUCCCAGGACGGGGAGGAGCCAGGGGGUCAGUUUGUGGCCUGCUUCCCUCUCCCCUACCCAUUCUACAUCCGGAUGGACCCUCACAGAGACAAACAAGGUGAAGAUGAAGACAAUUCAAACAAUACAACACAAGAUUCAACAGAGGUGAAGUUUCUACCUCCAGUGACCUUGAACUUUGCUCUGCCCCCUGACUACCCAUCAGUUCAACCCCCACAGUUCACACUGUCAUGUAAAUGGUUGACACGGCACCAGCUGUCACGACUGUGUCAUAAACUUGAUGAACUGUGGGAAGAAAAUUCUGGAUGUGUGAUUCUGUUCAUGUGGACAAACUUUCUCCAAAGUGAAGCCUAUGACUUCCUGGACCUUUCAUCCCCGCUAGAUCUUUCCAAUGUUGUGUGCCCCCGUAGGACUAGCAAGAGUGAUAAUGUCCCCCACCCCAGGACUAACCCUACCGAGGACACACCCUCCAGCUCUGACCCCCGAGGUAUUCAGGACAUCGCAUCCCAGCAGUUGCUCUUGCCGGCGAUCCGAGACUUCAGCAACCAGGAGCAGCUGAGGCAGUUCCAGAAGUCAGUGUAUUCCUGUAAGGUGUGCUUCAUGGAGAAACUGGGAUCCUUGUGUAUUCAGUUUGCGCAGUGUGACCACGUGUACUGUAAGGAGUGUAUGAAGGACUACUUUGCGAUACAGAUCGGUGACGGGAAUGUUUCUGCUCUCACCUGUCCUGAAGACAAGUGUGAGUCACAGGCACAUCCGGCCCAGGUAAAGGAGCUGGUGUCUCCUGAACUGUUCACUCGGUACGAUCAGUUGCUGCUGAAGACGUCCCUAGAGACGAUGACAGACGUAGUGUACUGUCCGCGACCCGUCUGUCAGUUCCCCGUUAUCAUGGACCGAGAGAGCAACAUGGCGUCCUGCCCCUCGUGUCAUUACGUCUUCUGUGUUCUGUGCAAGCUUGUCUUCCACGGAUUAUCACCCUGCAAGAUCAAGUCAGAUGAGUUGAAGAAGUUACGAGAGGAAUAUCAAGCAGCUGAUGAAGCGGGAAAGAGGUUCCUGGAGAAGAAGUAUGGGAAGAGAACUAUCGAACAAGCCCUAGAGGAGACAUGGUCUAGCGAGUGGCUUGAGCAGUACGCCAAACAGUGUCCUUCUUGUGGAACACAUAUACAGAAAAUUGAUGGCUGUAACAAGAUGACCUGUACCAAAUGUCGGUGUUACUUUUGCUGGAUCUGUAGCAACACGUUGUCCAGGACCAACCCCUACAGCCACUUCAACAUGUCCACCACCUCCUGCUUCAACAGACUCUUUGAAGGGAUGGGGCCCAUAGAUGGGGACUUCUUUGACUUCGAAGAAGAAGAAGACUUCUUAAAUCUGAUCUGAAGCUUAUAUGUAGGGCUGUUUGCAAGAAAUCUGACUGUUAUAUGGAUUACUUCCCUUGUUUUAAGGAUUAAUUCCUUAUUGUCCAUAGCUAUAAGCUUCUAUUCAACUGCCAAUAGUUUCUAUCAGGAAGAAUUAAAUUUAGCUUUGUGUGAAUAUUCAAUAUACCAAGAGACAGAACACAAAAUAUGAAAAGUGAAAAUGUUUUCAAGUUGAUCUGGAAUAGACUAAAAUGAUUUGAAUGGAUUUCUCUUUGAAAAAAAUAUUUUUUUUAGCAAAAAGCAAACAAAACAAUGAUUUGAAUGCAAAUACAAGUUUUCAGUCAAAUGCAGCAUUUUCUUUUGCAAUUUAUUUGAUUAAUUAAGGUAGACUCAUUUUUAAGAUUUUGAUUUGGCUGCAUUACUGUUAUAAUUUACAGAUUGCACUGGAUUCGCUAGUAAUAAUCAGCUUCAAGAAAGAUAGCCAUAAUUGUGAUUAUUGAUAUUAAUGGAACCUAGAUUAUCAAUAGGUUUUUAACGUGUCAACUGUUUUCUGUAAAUCUCCUAAAAGGUCAUACUUCCGAAUGUCAGGUGGCCUUAUUAUUUGAUGUUGGCUGGAACAUUGUUCAAAUCACUAAUUAGCUGACCAAAACAUUUUACUGACCAAACUGAAGUUUUUAUAGCACAUGUUAAACUCAAUAUUGUCUGCAUGUCUGAUGAUGUGCCUUGAGUGACUUUGAGCUUGGAAUAUGUUUUUAUCACGAUAUUGCUUGGUAACCGUUACAUUAAAAGAUGAUGUGCUACCUGUCAUAAGCUCUGGCCUUGAAUGGCUUUGAACUUGAAAACUUUCUGUCACAGUAUUGUUGGGUACAAGUUAGAUAAAGAGGGGUUGAGAUUAUAAACUUUAACAUCGCAUCGCCAUUUUGCAGCCAUACAGCUACCAUACAUGAUGUUAGAUGGGGUAGUGGUUGUCCCCCUUUGGUAGCCGACGUUAAAAAUAUACUAAGGGAAACAAACAAGGGAAAACCGCUUCAUUGCCGAGUUUCUUUAUUUAUUCUUAGAUUGUCACCCACAGUGCGAUACAAAACUUUUGAAGAAACCUGGAAAAGAUUAAAGCAACACUUGCUUUCAUGUGUUCCCAUAUUUGUUUCCCUCAGUAUAUGUUCACUUGAAAUAAGUGUGACUGUAAUGAAGUUAGAUGAAGUAUGAAUGAAGUAGUGGUUGUAUACCCUGGUUAACAGGUACAUUGCAAAUAACACUUGUAAUGAAUGAUUGAAAGCUAACAAUUGGAAUCACUUGGGGACUGUCUGUUUCUAUAAUGUCUAUUUAGUUUUGUUGCCAGUUAUUUUGCCGUUGUUGAGGUGUGCCUUCCAUACCAUGUGGUUCAUUGGCAUUAAUUUUCACAUCUUAUCAUGUAUCAGAAUAUAUAAGAAUUAUAACUGCUCUGACCCACAUGUUGAUUUCCGUUAGAACAGGUUCCCUGGAACUUAUGCAUGUCGGGAGAGGUGACCAAAUGGAUUGGGUGUCAGGCUAAGGGACAUAUUUGUUUGUGUGUCAUACCAGGUGACAUGGAUUAUUGUUCAUAAUAUCAAUCACUGGACUGUCUAGUCCCACUCGCUUAUAGACUGCCAUAAUAUAGCUUGCUAUUGCUGAGGGUCAAAUACACUCAGGCGUCAUGCUCAGAGCAUUAUGGGCCCCGAUUUUGCGAAACAAACUAAAGUUUCUACUGAAAUUUCAAACUGAGAUUGACAAUUUUAAAUAUCUGAAUUUUUAACUCAACUGUAUUUUUAAAAU